CCGCCCCUGAGAAGCAGUGACCAAGGGGGUUUGCAGAUAGGUUGAGCAAGAAGUCUGCACAAGAGGAAGCUCCGAAGCUCAAAAGACACAAGCAUGCAUGUUUAACGGCGGUAUCGGCGAGUGGAGUCGGUGCGUGAUUGAUAUGCAUAAUUAUACAGCCUUGCCAAGACGAAAUGUGCGAUUUAUGCGGUGACCUUAACCAUCCACCUUGUCGUGGCGGCGGCCUGUAUUGCUUGGACUCGAAGAACAUCAAGAUUUAUUCAUCCUCUCCGAACCGAACAACACUGUGAUCGAUCUCGCGAAAACACCAUGUCUCUGCUCGACAAAGUACCAGGUGAUCUCAAGCUCUAUAUCGGAGGUCUCUUCACACUAAGACGCAAAGACCAACUUGCUGAGGCUGGCAUCACACAUGUACUGUCCGUUUUAAGGCUCCCACUGGACGAAAAGCUGUUCGAGGGAUACAAGCACAAGGUUGUCGAGGUUGAUGAUGUCGACGAUGAGAAUCUGCUUGAACACUUCCCGGCGGCCACUCGGUUCAUCGAAGAGGGUCUUGCAUCUGGAGGUGCAGUUCUUGUUCACUGUGCAAUGGGAAAAUCACGGUCAGCUACAUGCGUGAUUGCGUACCUCAUGCAAAAGUACCACAUCUCACCUUCCGAGGCUCUGGAACAGAUACGACAAAGUAGGCCACUUUGCGAGCCCAAUGACGGAUUCAUGCAGCAACUCGAACUCUACCACGAGAUGAACACACCAGAGAACGUGGAAGAUACACCAACGUAUCAGCGAUGGGUGUACCAGCGAGAGGUCGAAUUGAGCCGCGCAUGUGGACAAGCUCCGGAAGCAGACAAGAUCCGCUUCGAAGAUGAGCAUGCGGCAACAAAGGACGAUGGUGGUUUUGUUAUGCGAUGCCGAAAGUGCAGACGCAAUCUGGCAACGUCACAAUUCUUGAUCGUCCACGAAUCGCAAAGAGGACCGGAUCAUUCUUGCACACACUACUUCCUGGAUCCUCUCUCAUGGAUGCGACCAGAGCUAGAAAAGGGAGAAGUGGAGGGAAGACUGGAGUGCCCUAACCAGAAAUGCAAAGCCAACGUGGGAAAGUAUGCAUGGCAGGGUAUGCGCUGUAGCUGCGGAGAGUGGAUAGUGCCGGCUAUCAGUCUAUCGAAGGGCAGAAUAGAUGAGGCAAAGAGGCGAGCUGUUGAUCCCAGCGCCAUGGGUAUCCGUAUGCCGGCAACGGCCAACCCACGAGGUCCUGGACAGAACAAUCUCUGAGCCAUGAUGAUUGAUCAGACAGUGGGUUUCCAAACGGACUGACGACCGAUAUGACGCCGCACUCUUACAACCCGCGGGAGAUAGUGAAUGUUCUUCGUACCUAGAAGGGAGGUUCUGUUUACAUACAAUCACUAUCCUCAACGUUUAUUAUUCCGAAUGCACCUUGAUGGUUCAGACUGAC